AGUAGUACCUAGCAAUUAAUGCCUUUUCCACCAGACUGAUUACUAGUCAUUUCUUGUUCUGGUCAUUUCCUGUUCAGUAUAGUAUGUAUUUGAGAGGUUUCUCUUCUGUUGCAUCUAGAAGGAUGAAAAAGCCCACCUGCUACAUUAUAUGCUGAAAAGGCCAAAUACUAUCUUUUCCCUUGCAGUACAGUGUGGGAGUGCGAUCUAGGCCCAGCCCAUCAGACAUGUACCCUUCGCACUCCAAAUUUUGUAUUGAGAACAAAGAAAUACUGCCAAGAAUCCUGUAUGACAGCAGAGACAGCAGCACUGGCCGCACUGCCAGUGGUGAUACCUGGUGAUGGACUGGGCACUAUAAACUGGGCUUAGUGGCAGGAAGGUCUUCAGACCAGUUGUCUAGGAUCAUUUUCACUGGGUGCUUGAAGCAUAGUUUUGAAGCCUGAUUCUUGAAACCUGGCAAGUCUGGUUUCCCAGUAUCUUUUCAAUAAAUUUGUUUGGCUUUUAUUUUGAGUUAAUAAUUGAGUUACUAUAGGACAGAAUGGAACCUACUGGCAUCUACUCUUUCAAAUGAAAUUUAGAAACAUUUUAUAAAGUUCCUAAAAAAAUACCUUUAUGAUUUUGAUUAGAAUUACAUUAAAUUAAUAGAUUAAGGAAAAUAGCACCAUCAGUUUUUUCUUACUCAAAAUGGUCUGACUUUGUACCAGUUAAGUUCCAUCAAAGAAGCCAAACUACUUUACAUGCUAAAGAAUAAGACGUUUAUUACAGGGAUUAAAAUUGUGAGGUUGGGAGAGCAGGCUGGGCAGGCUGCUGCCUCUGAAGCUUGUUGAACCUUCAGCUGCUGCAAGUCGGCUUGACAGUUGGGCAGGGAAGCUGGAUGUGUAUGAGAGAGAGCUAGGACAGAACGGAACCUGCGUUGGCCUCAACUCCACUUUUGAUGCUGUGGAUGACCUACAGGAGAGGCUUGCACUCGACCUUGGGGUUACGCAUUCAGGCCCAGGAAUUGUAGAAGCUGCAGGAAGAUCUGGUGGGAGCUGAAGGAGCAGUAGGCCCAGCUGCUUCCCCAUGUCAGCAAAGUGGGCUAACAGCAGCAACACAGGGUAACUGGGAAUAUAAACAAGAAUAAGCUGUUUUCUGAUGGCUUUUAGUAUACACUGACAUAUGGCCUGUGAUGGCAUCUGAGACUGAGAAGACCCAUGCUCUACUCCAGUCUUGUAGCACUGACUCUCUUAUUGCCAGCCUUGGUCUGGGGCUAUUUGCCCUAGUAGCUGACAGAAUUCUUCAGUUUUCCAUAAUUCAGCAAAAUGACUGGCUUCGAGCCCUCUCAGAUAAUGCUGUACAUUGCGCAAUCGGCAUGUGGUCAUGGGCAAUAGUCAUUGGAAUCAAAAAGAAGACUGACUUUGGAGAAAUCAUCUUAGCUGGAUUUUUAGCCUCUGUUAUUGAUGUAGACCACUUUUUUCUAGCUGGAUCCCUGUCUUUAAAGUCCGCUUUGACUCUUCCCCGAAGACCUUUCCUUCACUGUUCUACUGUGAUACCUGUUGUGGUUCUGACCCUGAGGUUUACUAUGCACCUCUUCAAGCUCAAAGAUUCCUGGUGCUUUCUUCCCUGGAUGUUAUUUAUAUCCUGGAGCUCACACCAUAUCCGAGAUGGAAUUCGUCACGGUUUGUGGAUAUGCCCAUUUGGAAAAACUUCUCCUUUGCCAUUCUGGCUUUAUGUAAUAAUCACAUCAUCUUUACCUCACAUCUGUUCAUUCAUUAUGUAUUUAACAGGGACCAGACAAAUGAUGUCUUCAAAACAUGGAAUUCGUAUUGAUGUCUGAGGUAGCCAUAUGACAAUCAUAAAGAAGCAAAUGGUUCAGACAAUUAAGUAGCCAACAUUAAAGUGAAUUUUUAAAAAUGUAUUAAUUAGGUAUGUACACUAAUUAUAAUUCUGAAUCCUCUUGCUCAGGAAGCAUGUACAAGUUUUUAAAAACUUUGUUGUAAUUCGACUUUUCUAUAGCACUCGAAGUGCAAUAUUAUAGUUCUGUUUAUUUCAUGAUAUAUUUUCAUUGUUUAUCUGACUUUACUAAUAGCUUUAUUAGAUUAAUAUCCAAUUAAGUUUUCUGGUAAUAUACCAUUAACUUAGUUCAUUUCCUGAUGAAAAACAGUUCAAAUUUUUGGGUGACUAAUUUAUAGUAAGUUAGCAUUAUAUUUGGAUCCACAUUUUUCUGAGAUACAGAAACAGUGAAACCGCCAAAAUAAAUGAGAUCAUGAAUAAGAUGUGUAGUGAACACUAACAUUUCUUUGUUUGUAAAUGUUGAUCUUGACUGAAGUUUAAUUUGCCAAGUGUUUAGUGAGUUGUGAAUACUGGCAAAUCCUGCCCAGUGCCAUGUGAGAAGCCAUUAAAAUAUUUUAAAAAGAUGAUAAUGAACAUUAGAUCUAGGUCACUGUUUCUUAACAUCUGCCUGAUGUUAAGAAAUAAAACAUAUUUUUUCAAAAUGAAGUUUUAGGAAAUUUGCUUUUUCCUUUGUUCCUUUAGGUUUACCCUCUGUUAAAAAUUAUUAACCUUUAUUAGCAAAAGAAAAUUUAGUUGCAGUAAAUUUUACAUUUGCACAAUUUAAUGUUACAUUGAUAUAAAAGUCAGUGUCCCAAAGGCACCUGCAUUUUUGUAUAACAUACCUACCAUUUGCUGUCUUCAGAUUUUCUUACGUGUUUGUGAUCUGUAAUGCUACUGAUUGUGUGCCUUAUUCUCUGAGAAAUGAUGAAGCAAUGCCUUAUCCAAAGCAGAUUUUUCUCACUUAUUAAGUUAAAGAAUUCUGUAAAUUGUUACAAAGGUUCAAGCUCUUUAAUUUUUCUUUUUUUUGUUAACAAAUUGGCUGUAAUCUAUUAUAUUUUAAAAUCUAUUAUAUCUUAAUCUGUUGUUAUCUUUCAAGAGCAAUUAUUGUAUCAGGUUGGUUGGUUUAACAGUAAAUAUUGUAAAGGGGGUAAAUUUAAUUAAGGUAAAGAUUUUUAAAAAGCAAAUGAUUUCAGAAAUCCAUGGAAAUAAAGCAUAUAUCUUAUAUAAUUUUUCUGAUUAAAUUAUAAAACUGCUGUUUCACUAAAA